AUGUCUGUCUCUACCAGCAUCAGCAAGAAGGCAGAGUGCGAAUGCCCACCCGCUGCCAUGGGCAAGAUACCCGACUGGGCCGACUACGAAGAAGACGUCGUGGAAGGCAGAAUCAAGGACAUGGAUGAACCAUUGCCUUCCCGUGAGCCUGCGAGAGACGAAUCUUCUCCAGAGCCACAGAUUGGAGAUGACUGCUCGAAUUCAUCUUCACUGUGCACCACUAUCGCACCAGCCAACCCCGACUACGAGAGACUGACGGCAAUGUUGAGGGCUAGCGCUGCUGCUAAUCAAGCAUCGCUCCUGCCACCACGCGGACUUAACCCGACCGCUCCUGCCUUCGUGAUGAGAGUCACACCUCCCAAUCCACUGAUUCAAGCCAAGGAGAAGGAAGUCGACAACAAGCUCCCACAAGCAGACAGUCGAUGGGCUGAGUGCCAAGAAAAGGGAGAUAUCCAAGGUCAAAUCGACCUCAUUGUGGCAGGAUUUGUACCACAAUCAAAGGAGGACGACAUCCAGAAGUGGAUCGAUUAUAUCGUCGAUAUACCCUCUCUCAAGGACCGCAUCUAA